UUGACCAGGCCUUUAACCAUGAAGCACUGUGUGUUGUUGUCGCUGCUGUUGGCGUUGGGAUGCGUCCGCGCUGCACCGGUGGAGACUGUUGGCAUCGAGGAAGGAUCGUGUGAAGACGCGUCUGCGAAGGGGGCUGCAGGACUCACCAUCACUAAGAUCAACCAGGACCGGCAGGAGGGCUACAUCGUCGCUCUGCACCGCCUGUCCAACGUGCAUAUGACCAAACAUGGAGAGACCGGCGUGGUUUUCUACCUGACUCUGGAUGUUGUGGAGACCAACUGCAGUGUUCUGAGCAGGAGCGACUGGAAGUCCUGUGAGGCUCGCCCCGACGAGGACACACCGGUCAGAAAACACUCGUUGACGCACACACUUUUACAUGCACACCCCUCCCUAAACAGUGACAGUGUUGAAAGAAGUAAUCUGAUCCUUUACGUACAAAUACUUUGUUCCUUCAGCUCGCGUGACAGAGCUAUGUCCUGA